GCUCGGCCACCCGCACACCGCGCACUCGGGCUGCAGCGUCGCAAGUAGGUGCAGCCUCCCGCAGCCCGCCGCGCCUCCGCCAGCCGGGACGGCACUCGGUCCCCUGCGCCCCCUGCCCCGCGCCAGCCUCGCCGCGGCCUGCGGCAUCCGUGGGCCCCAUCGUCCCGAGACCCGGGGAGCAGCGCGCGGCCGCGAGCCGGACGGAGCCGGCCACUGUGCCUUUGUCCCCGGAGGCUCCGGGAAGUUUGCAGCGGGACGCGCGAGUGAAGGCAGCGCGGGCAGCCCCGACGUCGCCGAGCAGCAUGGGCAGCGGGCGCAGCGCGCGGAGCCGCGGCGGGGCCGCCUCGGGCUUGCUGCUGGCGUUGGUGGCCGCGCUCCUGGCCGCAGGUUCGGCCAGUGAGUACGACUACGUGAGCUUCCAGUCGGACAUCGGCUCUUACCAAAGCGGCCGCUUCUACACCAAGCCUCCGCAGUGCGUGGACAUCCCGGUGGACCUGAGGCUGUGCCACAACGUGGGCUACAAGAAGAUGGUGCUGCCCAACCUGCUGGAGCACGAGACCAUGGCAGAGGUGAAGCAGCAGGCCAGCAGUUGGGUGCCGCUGCUCAACAAGAACUGCCACAUGGGCACCCAGGUCUUCCUCUGCUCGCUCUUCGCGCCCGUCUGUCUGGACCGGCCCAUCUACCCGUGCCGCUGGCUCUGCGAGGCCGUGCGCGACUCGUGCGAGCCGGUCAUGCAAUUCUUCGGCUUCUACUGGCCCGAGAUGCUCAAAUGUGACAAGUUCCCUGAGGGCGACGUCUGCAUCGCCAUGACGCCGCCCAAUGCCACCGAAGCCUCGAAGCCCCAAGGUACAACAGUGUGUCCUCCAUGUGACAACGAGUUGAAGUCGGACGCCAUCAUCGAACAUCUCUGUGCAAGCGAAUUUGCACUGCGGAUGAAAAUCAGAGAAGUGAAGAAGGAGAAUGGCGACAAGAAGAUUGUCCCCAAGAAGAAGAAGCCCCUGAAACUGGGGCCCAUUAAGAAGAAGGAGCUGAAGCGGCUUGUGCUGUUCCUGAAGAACGGGGCCGACUGUCCCUGCCACCAGCUGGACAACCUCAGCCACAACUUUCUCAUCAUGGGCCGCAAGGUGAAGAGCCAGUACCUGCUGACAGCCAUCCACAAGUGGGACAAGGAAAACAAGGAGUUCAAAAACUUCAUGAAGAAAAUGAAAAACCACGAGUGUCCCACCUUCCAGUCUGUUUUUAAGUGAUACUGGGGUGGACUGGGGA